UCGAAACGCAAAACAAGUUUUCCCCAAACCCCUUAGAAUCAUGUCCUCCCAGCUGGAACUGUCCUGGCCAGCCGAAUCCCAACAUGUGAUCUUCCGGGAGCUUGGUACACACUACACCCGACAGGGUCGCUACCGGGUGGCCACCAGCAACUUCGACAAAGCCGUCCAAGCCAAUCCGUAUGCCGUCGAUUGUCACUACCGCAAGAGUGUGGCCCAGUUCCGCAAUUCGGAUCUGCGGGAUGCCCUUGGGAGCACCCGGGAUGGGCUGGCCGUGGAAAGGGACGAACUGGAUCCCCGUGGGGAAGAUUUUCCCUGUUCGCUGCAGGACUGCCAGACGGUGUUUGAGCUGGACGAGUUUGAGGAGCAUGUGAAGGUGACGUCGAACCGGAGUAAGCAUUUCGAGGGCCACCGGUUGAAGGAUAUGCAGGCGGAGCUGCGGUUGGCUUUCCGGAAUUACGAGAAUGUUCUGGGGAAGCGCGCGGGGCCUUGCUUGUACCAGCAGAGGAGCCGGUUGCGGAUGAUCGAGGGAGAUGGUGGGCAGGUGAAGGCGGAGGAUCUUGAUGGUAAGAAGGAGUGCGACGCGGUAAGUGUAGUGGAGACGAUCGUGAGGGAGCCUCACGUUAGAGAAGUCAAGAGGAAAGAGAAAAAUUUGAGGAUGCUGGGACAGGUACAUCUAAAUAGUGGUUGGAAGGAUUUGGAAUUUUUGAGUUCAUUGAGGAAGGGUGGAGAGUGGGAAAAGGUGGUGAAUCUCGCGGAAGCAAAAGAGAGUUCGAAGGUUUUGUCGGAUACGAUCGAUCGUUGUUACGAUCGGGUAGAUGCAGGCUUGCGUAGUCUACAAGCGAGAACUCCGUUCUACACUUAUCGUCGAAAUCGAUUUGGAUCGAGUGAGAAAUCUGAUGCCUAUUUGUUGGACGAUAUGUUUAAAAUUCGGUACAAAACAUACAGAGACGUGCACAACCAGCUGGAUCGUAUGCAUGAGCUGCGUGAUCAGGGCAAAUUGGACCAGCUGCUAGCCUAUGUGAACGAUGUCCUGUGGUAUUACUACCAGACCAAAACGGAACGAGUCUUCCCGGAUCGAUACAAGUUUGUGAAUGAAGUUUGCAACCUGGUUGGCUUGGCUAUCGCGGAGAGUUACCAGAUACCUCCGACGCUGAUGGACGAGCGAUUGAAGGACCGCCUGGCGAUUCUGUUCAAUCUGCAACCGACGAAGGAUGAGGAUGACGUCGUCAUACCGAUUUUCGGUGACAAGUCUACUUAUCGUGAUCCGGCAGCUCCGGAUUAUGGUUACAUUGCUUAUAAGAACAAACUGACCGUGCUGGAGAAACGAAUUCCCUACUCACGGUACGCAAUCGAGCGGGCUUUCCUGUAUCACGAAAUGUGCCGCCACCAUCUGGAAGCGAGCAAGUUGGACGAAACUCGGAUCAUGGCACGACGGGUCAUAGAGGAAGCGACCCAAAGUGGAAGCAACUUGUGGAAGUUUUUGGGAAUUUUGGCCAUCGUUCGAGCCGAUUGCGCCCAGCUCAGUGUGGAAAAGUUGGCCGAUUCGCUGGAUGAGGCCGGUGAGGCUGCGUUGGCUCUGGAAGACGAACGACUGGAUCAUGUGGUUCAGGUCGCACGGAUUAUCAACUCUAAACUUAUGGCUCAAAAGAUGGAACAGCGGACGUCUCUCGAAAUCAAGCGUACUCAACUGGAGUAGAAACAAUUGGCGGAACUGCGUCCAACGCUUUGUUAAUCCCUGCAUUGAAAUCAAUAAACUCCCCGUGUGGUCUCAAGUAGACUCUCCAUUCUAACCCGAUAACCCGAUGCUCACUCGUCAAACACAAUUAGACGAAAGCACCUCUGAUUCUAAAUGCAAUUGAAAACUGUACUUUUAGAAUGCACUUGUAUCCCGCCGGCACCGAGCUGUUGAACUCCACCACACAAUGCAAUUGCACUUUUCCGAUAACCGACAGCAGGACACACAGUGCGACAUGGACGCACUAGUGUGGACCCACGAGGCAGAUGUUAGUCCGAAAUCGACCGGUACCGGUACAAUACUCUCAAGGACCACUUGUGGCUUGCGUUGGUAGUUUGACUGGUGGUGCUGCAUUUUUUUUCCUAGACACUGCACAGCACACCUUUCACAGCCCAUCAUCGAUAUGGAAAACAACGAACAUGGGUUUUGUGAGGGAACAUUUCAUACAAAAAAGGAACGAGAGUCCUUCACGCAUAUCGGUUCAUUCGCGGAACACAGGGAUGGCGAUUAUGAUAAGGGUGCAGCGCGCGAUGCCGAUGAUGGGCACGUGUCAAUAUCCCUGUG